AUGGACGAGAACAAAAUGCGUGAAAACAAGAGCACAAUGAGAAAUGACAUGAGCGAGAGAUGUUCCCUCUUGAAUUUCCUCUCGAAAUAUCAAUUCUCAUUUCUUCCAAAUUCUCACGCCGUAAAUAAUUCCGAAACUCACUUAAUUCCUCAAAUCUUAUUAUUCUACGUAUACAGCACGAUAUCACUAUCUCCCAACACUAGUCACGAACAAAAAAUUUGUACCGCUCCCCAGGAAUCUAAUACACCAAAGAAACUUGAAGAGAACUCAGGUAAUUUUCAAGAAACUUGGUGGCCAAAGAAACAUCAAAAAAAAGCCAAAGUAAAAACUCAUGCGAAUAUCGCAACAUGGGGAGAUUGA